GCGGCGCCGCUGCAGUGCGGGCCCCGCUCGCCCGCGUCUCCGCGUCCCCGCGCACUCGCCUCCCGCCUUGGGCGCAGCGCAUCCAGCCAGGUACGUGGGGCCGGGCCCGAGGCCAGCUGGGCCGCGGCCGUGCCCGGGAGGCCUCCGGGAAACGCGGGGGUCCGAGAGCCGCCGGCGGGGGGACGCGGUCCUGGCGUUCGCGCUGGCCAUGGCGGCCCCGUGCUUCCCCUCGGACGACGACGACAGCCUGCGGGGCUGCGAGCUCUACGUGCAGCAGCAUGGCAUCCAGCAGGCGCUCAAGGACUGCGUGGUGCACCUGUGCGUGGCCAAGCCCGAGCGCCCCAUGCGCUUCCUGCGGGAGCACUUCGAGCGGCUGGAGAAGGAGGAAAACAGACAGACGCUGGCACGGCAGAAGUCCGGCGCCCAGCCGGACUCCCAUGACGAGGAGGUGUCCCCGGUGCCCCCCAACCCCGUGGUAAAGGCGCGGCGCCGGCGCGGGGGCGUGAGCGCCGAGGUGUACACGGAGGAGGACGCCGUGUCCUAUGUCAGGAAGGUCAUCCCCAAGGACUACAAGACCAUGACGGCGCUGGCCAGGGCCAUCUCCAAGAACGUGCUCUUCACCCACCUGGAUGACAACGAGAGAAGGUAGGUGCCCGGGAAGGUCCCCGAGGAGGCGCCUGCCGCGGCUUUCUGGAAAUGUGGGCUCAUGAGAUGGGGG